CUUUUGGAUAGUGAGCAUUGCGGAUGCUGCCUGAAAUGCGGACGGUCCUGCUCAGCUUCUUUCCAUCCCCGGUACUCCUGGCUUGUCUGAAGUCUGCAGAGUACGGCAUUUCAUCGUGAAGGACAAGCAGACAAAAUGCGUGAAUGUAUCUCAAUGCACAUCGGCCAAGCUGGAGUUCAUAUGGGCAGUGCAUGCUGGGAGCUUUACUGCCUGGAACAUGGUAUUCAGCCAGAUGGACGGAUACCGUCUGACAAAAGUAUUGGUGGAGGCGAUGACUCGUUCAAUACUUUCUUCAGUGAGAUUGGAACUGGGAAGCAGUUUCCCAGGGCCAUCUUUGUUGAUCUGGAGCCCACGGUCAUCGAUGAGGUUCGUACAGGUACCUAUCGGGAGCUGUUCCACCCAGAACAGAUGAUCACAGGGAAAGAGGAUGCUGCCAACAACUACGCUCGAGGUCAUUACACCAUUGGCAAGGCGAUCAUUGAGCUCGUUCUGGACAGGAUUCGCAAGCUGGCUGAUCAGUGCACUGGCUUGCAAAGUUUCCUUAUCUUUCACUCAUUUGGUGGUGGCACCGGCUCUGGUUUCACCUCCCUGCUCAUGGAGAGACUGUCAAUUGAUUUUGGGAAGAAAUUCAAACUUGAGUUUGCUGUCUACCCUGCCCCUCAGGUGUCCACAUCAGUGGUAGAGCCCUAUAAUUCCAUUCUGACCACUCACAGCACCCUUGAGCACUUUGACUGCGCCUUCAUGGUGGACAAUGAAGCAAUCUAUGACAUCUGUCGCAGGAACCUCGACAUUGAAAGGCCAACCUACACUAACCUCAACAGGCUGAUUGGCCAGAUUGUGUCAUCGAUUACAGCCUCCCUUCGGUUUGACGGCACCCAGAAAGUUGACCUGACAGAGUUCCAGACCAACUUGGUGCCCUUCCCUCGAAUCCACUUCCCUCUAGCCACAUAUUCCCCAUUCAUCUCUGCUGAGAAGGCCUACCAUGAGCAUCUGUCUGUGGCCGACAUCACCAAUGCCUGCUUUGAGCCAGCCAACCAGAUGGUCAAGUGUGAUCCUCGUCAUGGUAAAUAUAUGGCCUGUUGUUUGUUGUUAUUUUUUGGUGAUGUAGCGCCGAAAGAUGUCAACUCCGCCAUUGCUGCUAUCAAGACCAAACGCAGCAUCCAGUUUGUGGACUGGUGUCCCACUGGCUUCAAAGUGGGCAUCAAUUACCAACCUCCAACAGUGGUUCCUGGAGGAGAUCUGGCCAAGGUGCCAAGGGCUGUCUGCAUGCUGAGCAACACAACAGCUUUCGUUGAGGCCUGGGCUCGCCUGGAUCACAAGUUUGAUCUCAUGUAUGCCAAGAGGGCCUUUGUGCACUGGUAUGUGGGAGAGGGAAUGGAGGAAGGAGAGUUCUCAGAGGCCAGAGAGGAUAUGGCAGUCCUUGAGAAGGAUUAUGAAGAGUUAGGUGCUGACAGCACUGGGGAUGAGGAUCAAGAUGGCGAGGAGUACUGAGGAGUAUGAUAGCCCGGGCUUAAAGAAGUUAUCAGUAAUAAUAUGACAGGUGCUG